UGGUAAGGCUGGGGCCCAGGUUUAGACAGAAAAUGCAAGUAUGAUGGAGUUUACUAAAACAAAUGGGUACAGCAUGAGCCUGCCGCAUAAAAGUGUCAUCCGAGUGAUGAAGGAACACGAAAGACACAGCAGAAAGGGUUCUGACCCCUUGAUACAGACGGUUCGGGGAAAGUUACAGACACGGAGGUCGAAGUUGAAUGAUAAAAUUAACAAAGAAUUACGCAUGCGAACGGGAGCUGAGAACCUUUUCAGAGCUACAGCCAAUAAGAAACUGAGGGAGCAAGUGGCGGUAGAGUUGUCUUUCUUUAACUCGAGUAUUCAGCUCCUUAAGGAGGAGUUAUCGGACCUGAACAGCACAGUGGAUAUUUACCAACACGACAGCAACUCAAAAUGUUCUCCCAUGAUUCCACUGGGCUUAAAAGAAACAAAAGAAGAGGAUUUUAGAAUACCAUUAAUGGAUGUUAUUCUCGAGCACUACAGUGAAGACAACAAAGACUAUGAGAAAGAGAUACAAGAAUUAAUGGACAUCCGGCAGGCCAUUCGGACACCAUUGCGGGAUCCUUCUGGUGUAGAGUUACUUAUUGAAUAUUUCAAUCAGUUAUAUUAUAUAGAAAAGAGAUUUUUUCCUUCUGACAAAAGUCUACCCAUUCACUUUCACUGGUACGAUUCCUUAACAGGAGUACCUAGCACCCAGAAAGCGAUAGGUUUCGAGAAAGGCAGCAUACUGUUCAACAUAGGAGCUCUGUAUUCUCAGAUAGCUUGCAAACAGGACCGGUUACAGCUGGAUGGCUUGCUCCAAGCGAUGCGUUACUUCCAGAGAGCGGCGGGGACGUUCUUCCACCUGCAGACGCACUUCAAACACGCUCCCAGCAUGGACAUGCAACCACAGACACUCAGCAUGCUCAACCUGCUCAUGAUGGCCCAGGCACAGGAAUGUUUUUUGGAGAAGAAGAUUCUAACAGAGAACCCAGAAGGAGUCUUACAUCACACACAGAUGGCACAGGAGGCAGCACUGGUGUCAGAAAAGUACAGAGAAUGCCACAGAAGUAUGACCGCUGAACCCGUGAAGAGUUAUCUCCCCUUAUCAUGGAUUACGAUGGCUCAAACAAAACAUUACUUUUUCAAAGGCAUGGCACAUUCCAGUGUCGCCACAGCACUUAUGAGCCAAAAAGACAGCAGUGAUGUUGACAGGUUGAAAGACAUGAUGGAGAGUCUUCACACGGGCACGGAGAUACGAGAUGAAAACAACGGAUUGAAACUUCCCACCAACGAGGACGACCGCAAGGUGCUAGGUAAAGCUCAUUUACGAGAAUCGGUUCUAAGUCACGAGGAGGCACUACGCGUUCAUGAUCUAUGUAAACAGUCGAGGAAAAUAGACACAUUUAGAGAGAUUUUGCAAAAAACCCAUGAAAAGACUUUGGCCAAGUUUUCUGCGUUGGAGGAAGAAGAUGACUUCACGGAGCUCGUCACCGUGCCACGGAUACAGGGCCGGUCAGAGAACGAUCUCUCUCCUAUUUCUCCCGAGUUUUCAAAAGUUAAAGUCAGUGACAUCUUCUGGAAACUGGGACCUAUUGCCAUCUUCAAUGCUCGGAACGAGUGGUCGGCCGCAAGACUUGUUCCUCUGAAUCGUGACCUGGGCGAGGGUUUCGGAUUCAGUGUCCGUGGCGAUUCGCCUGUCAUUGUCGCCGAGAUUGAACCGGACAGUGUAGCAGGGAAAAGUUCAAUGAAAGUUGGUGACUUUGUUGUUGGAGUGGGAACGAUCGACACCAAAUGGGCGAAACACGAAGAAGUCGUGCAGUUUGUGCGUAAAGCUGGAAACUACUUGGAGCUACGGCUCAUUACACCGAUGGGACAGAGUUAUCUCGAGUGUGACCCCGAGAUCAGAGCGUCGACCAUCAGCCUCCCAACCUCGCCAGUCAAACUACAGAACGGUCGCACCGGUAGCCUGAACAGUGAAAAGAGCAACCGCAGCAGCAGGCUGAGUGCGCCGUGGAUAUUCAUGAGGCGCAAUUCGUCGAAAGAAAAAUCAGACAAGAAGAAGCCAGAAGAAGGAGAUGACGAUAUCGUUUCGAGAUGAAUUGUGUGACAGUGUGAAAGCUAUUCUGUGCAGGCUAAGUGCGCCGUGGAUAUUCAUGAGGCACAAUUCAUUGAAAAAAAAGUCAAAUAAGAAAAAGCCAGAAAAAGGAGAUGAUGAUAUCAUUUCAAGAUGAAUUGUGUAACAGUGUGAAAGCUAUUCUGUGCAAUUUUGGUGGGUUUUUUUUUUCAUUUUAUUGUUUAGUCAUACCUGACAAUCAAAAUAUGAAGAACUUUUCUUUUGGCUUAUAUGUAAGAGUAAGGAGCAGUGUUGUGAUUUUAUGGAUUAACUUUCCAGUAUGACCUUGCUUCAUGACCUAACAGUUUCACCUUGCAUUGUGAUCUUGAAAAGUUUUCUUUUGCUUACAAAUAAGAGAGUAAGGAUUUGAAAAUUUAGCUAGUUGUAUUGCAGUUACGAUAAACUUACAGCAUUAACGUUUUUUUUGUGUUUUUUUAACUUAAUGAAUAUUUUCUAUUUUGGGACUGUUUCAGAUAUUUCAACUUACAUGAUUGUCUCUUUAUCAAGCAGAUAACUUGUUAUUUGUUAAUUAGUUAGAUUUGUUUGUCAUUGUUGCAUAAUAAUUGUAUCAAUAUAACUUAUUGUAAAUAUCUAUUAAAUUUAUCACCUGUACCCUAUUUUACAAAGUGAUCUUAACGCUAUGAUCACCUUAAGUACAUAACAUCUUUAUACACUUUGACUAAGAUCACCUUAAGUACGUACUUACCGUAUACACUUAAGGUAAUCUUAGCGCUAAAAUUGCUUUGUAAAAUGGGGCCUUGGUAUAUACAAAAUCCCUCCACUAAAUUCUUAUGAAUUUGUUGUUAAAAUACCAGAAAUCUUCAUUUCUUUUACUAAUAUAGGGCUAUAUACAGUAUGAAGUAAUUGUUGAUUUCAUUAUCAGGUUUUGUAGUAUUAAUGUUUCAGGGAUUUUGUAUCUUGCCACAAAUACCCAAGUCAUGUAGCAAUCAAAUAUAAACAGGCAUACUGUUUUACAGAUACGUAUUAUGUAGUAAUAUUUGUAUUAUAUAAAGUGCUCUUACUGGCAGUAGCUAAUAGGAAUCUCUCUUUUAUAUCUCAGUUAGUAGAGCACUAGAUAUCUGCCCACAAGGAUCCUAGUUCAAAUCUCCAUAUUGGAAGGUUGAGUUACAUUAGGUUGGCAAUUAAGAAAAUAGCCAUGGCAAAAAGUAAGUUGUGGAAAAAUAGCCUCCAUAACAUUUUCCACUGUAGGUUUGCAGUUCAUAAUGGAAAAGAAGAGUUUAAUUUAUCAGUAUUACAAAUAUAAAAAUUUAAUUAAGAAAAUUUUCACUGAAAUUUGAAAGUUCCAUGGCAAAAUAUAUGCUGUGGAAAUUUGAAAACACCAUAGCAAUGUCCACGGCAGUGCCGAAUGCCAUGGUCAAUUGUUAAACAAGUCUGUGAACUCUUGAAUUCCUUACUGAUAAUCAUAGUUCAGUUGAUUCUGUUCAUAGCAGGUCGCCAAAGAUUGUUUUAAACUAGUCACAUAUUUUUCACUUUCUAAUUAUGACUUGUCAGUGAGGUAUUUUAUUAAAAAACAGCAAUAAGCUGAACAAACACUGUUUAGUAGUAUUAGCAUAAGUAUUUUACAGGGCUUCUAGAUUAU